GGUGUUCCAGAGAAGAAGACGCUUCCCAUCACCGUCCCCAAGUCCCCGGCUUUUGCCUUGAAAAACAAAGUGGGUGCCCUGGUUAGAGAGGAGAAGAAAGAAAAGCUGAAGGAGGAGAUGAAGCGCCAGAAAGAAGCUGCCGUCUUCAAAGCCCAACCCAGCCAGGUGCUACACCAGGAGCCUUUCCUUCCCAAGAAAGACAGCAAGCUGCUUUUAGCCCCCGAUCCCUUCGUGCUGGCCACCGAACUACGGGCCAAGGAGCGUCUGGAGUUCGAGAAUCGGCUGGCCGAGCUGGAGGCGGAGAAGGCCCGGCUUCAGGAGGCCACCCGGAGGGUGGAGGAGGAACGAGCCAAAGAGGAGAGGGCCAAGCUGCGAGAAGAGCUGGUGCACAAGGCCAACCCCAUCCGCAAAUACGCCAAUGUGGAAAUCAAGCCCAGCGACCACCCACUGACCGUGCCGCAAUCUCCCAAUUUCUCCGAUAGGUUUCAGCGUUGAGCCCUGACGCCCGUCCGACUGCACACUCAGAAACUUCUUCUUUUUCUGGUCUCUUUUUUUUUGAGACUUCUUGUCCGUCCCCACCCCCCAGUUCUCCCCUCCAAAAAAAGCAGCCCAGUUUGAUCAGUUUUAUCAUACCUUUGAGUGAGUCUUUUGUAUUUGCAUUAAAUAAAAAAAUAUA